GGCUCAUUAUUCGGCAUAUCGCGCGCGGGAAUACCCAAAGUUAUCUCGUCAGUGUCGUGCUUUAGUGUAAAUCCUGCCCACAUGCAUUAGAAAUAGAGCUGAGAGUCCUUCGACACAUCAGCGCUGUUAUAUCCGAGGGUCAACUAGUCAUCUAUAGCACUCCCAACAGCAGAACAUGGAUCUCUCCACAGCCUAUCGCUACAAUCAAAACAUGAUGGAAUACUACACAUGUCAUGGCGGCGUCAAUCAGCUGGGAGGCGUGUUUGUUAAUGGACGCCCCCUUCCCGAUGUAGUCCGGCAGCGGAUCGUGGAGCUGGCACACAACGGCGUUCGUCCUUGCGACAUAUCGCGUCAACUGCGCGUUAGCCAUGGCUGCGUCUCGAAGAUAUUGUCCAG